AUGCCUGCAAAAAAAAAACCAUGCUACAGAAUGAAGGGUCGUGCAACAAGAAAAGCAAAACCGAAAAAAGAAUCUCAUCAAAAUGCAACAUAUAUACCCGGGGUGAAUUCUCUGACCUCACUUAAUGCAUUAAUUCGCAGGCCUUUGGAGGAAGAUGAUUCAUUAUUGGACUCGUCAUCACCACCAAAGCCCUUGUCUGAAAGAUUUGUGGUCAAGAAGCUUGAAAAGAGUUUUGACAUAUCAAAAUUGUGCAAAAGCUUUUGCACACUAAAUCCAUUUAAACGAGACUGGAUGAAAUAUCAACCUGACACUAAUGCAAAAUGGAUGCAGGAUCUGCAGAAAGAUGGAAAUCAGGGUCGAGAGUAUGGUUUUCAGCGAAUAGAGUUGCCUAAUACUGAUGUACCGGUAGCUCCUUGUGUACCGGUAGCUCCUUAUGUUCCGGUAGCUUCUUAUGUACCAGCUACCCCAAAGAAGAAAUUUAAUUUGAAAGUCUAUACAGACCAAACGCCAAAAGGGCCUCGAAAUAGGGCAUUGAAAAGCACAGCAAAACGCAAGCUUGUCUUUGAUUAG